AUUAAACACUGGAGAAGAAGAAGAGUUGGUGACGUCAAUCCAGGGGCGCCAAACCUGCUGCAAAGGGAAACAGUACUAAGGUGAAGUUUGGGGUGUUUUCAUCAUCUUAGCAGCCAGCAGUCAUGGACCUCAGCCCCUUUGAAGCCAACAACUCCGUCAGCUGCCGGCUGGUUUCUGAAAUCCCUGAAGUCUGCAAAACAGAGGACUGCUGUCUGGGCAUUGAUGAGGCCGGCAGGGGGCCUGUACUGGGGCCAAUGGUGUAUGGGAUAUGUUUCUGUCCACUUUCCAAAGAGGGGGCGCUGAAGGACUUGAAAGUAGCAGAUUCAAAGACCUUGACAGAGGCAGAAAGAGAGAAUCUUUUUGAAAAACUGGAUGAAGCUAAGAGUUAUGUUGGCUGGGCUCUGCAGAUUCUGUCACCUAACACCAUCUCUACCAGCAUGUUACAGAGGACGAAAUACAACCUCAACGCCCUUUCACACGAUACGGCGAUAGAUCUAGUCCAGUAUGCCUUGGAUAGUGGAGUGCAGCUUAAAGAGGUUUUUGUGGACACAGUCGGCCCAGCAGAGAAAUAUGAGAGUAAACUCUCUCAGCGGUUUCCAGGUAUUAAAGUGACCGUGAGGCCAAAAGCCGACUCCCUCUUUCCCAUCGUCAGUGCAGCCAGUAUCUGUGCAAAGGUUGCUAGGGACCGUGUAGUGAAAGGGUGGAACUUUACAGAGGACCUGGGAGAGGUGGAUACAGACUAUGGCUCAGGAUACCCUAGUGACCCCAAGACUAAAGCGUGGCUGCUGAAGUACCUUGACCCAGUAUUUGGUUACCCUCAGUUUGUUCGAUUCAGCUGGAGUACUGCCCAAACCCUAAUGGACAGCAAAGCGGUGACUGUGCACUGGGACGAUGAUGAAGAGGAUGGCGAGAAGGCAGCGCAGCGGCAGAACAACAGGUCAAUGUUGUCCUUCUUCAGUGUAUCAGCCGGAGGUAAAGACCAAAAUGCGACCCACCAGUCACACCGCUUCUUCACUGAGCGGAGGCUGAAGAGCCUUGACACGCUCUGAAGAUGCAUUAGAGGACAUUCACAUACAUCUUUCAUGUACAGCCAGUCAAGUGUUUGGCACAGAUGUGGACAGUUUGUGUAACACGGCUACAAACUUGAGUCACAAUCUGCCUUUAUUUGUCUUGUUUACAUAAAAGUAUUGUUUAAAUAUG